AUGACUCCCACUAGCGUGCGCCGCACAGCCACGAAAGGGUCGACAGGGCCUGGAUUGUUCGACGACAAAGAUGUGCAUGGUGUGACCAGAUUUGCACGUAGUGCGGCUGGCCAUAAAAGGAAAUCUUCAUUUGCAGAGCCUACGCCCGCAUCACCUAGUAAAAAUGCUGCUACCCGUCAGAAGAUCACCCGGGCCUGUGACUCGUGCAAAGUUAAAAAGACUAGAUGCACGGGCACGCUUCCCUGUACUAGAUGUACUCGUUUAUCACUCCCAUGCGAGUAUAAUGCAGCUUACUCGAGAGGUCUGCCACCUCUGCCAUUACCUGCAUCUCCCACGACCCCGGACAGUCUGAGCCAGCGUAAGGUUUCGGGUGCUGGUCCGGCAUCGAAUAGUUCCCGCUCCAGAGGCAGCACGGGGAUUCUAUCUGUGAAAGAACCUAUGGGUGGCUUUAGAAAUACGGAGAGCCGGCCUCCCACUGCUUCUUUGCGUAAUUCGCCAGAGCCAGGGUCGACGGAUUUCGAGGGCAAUUAUAUUGGUCCUGCGUCUGGAAUAUCAUUCAUCAAUCGUGUUUGGAGUCGGUUGCAUAAUGACGAAACACGCAUUCCUGAUGAACUGCAAAAUGAGUCGUCGAAGAAUACGGCUGUGUUCAUGUUCGGUGAUAAGCCGUAUGCAUAUCGUGAAAAUUCAGGCUUUGCUCUGCCGUCGAUGGAGAAGGCAAUGGAAUUCGUCGCUAUCUACUUUGACUUCUCUAUGGUUACGUACCGAUUUCUACAUCGCGGUGUCGUAGAGAGCUGGGUGAAACAGAUGUAUGAGAAUAAUAUCUCUACAACUAAUCUUCCUACGGGAAAUAUGGUGGCUCGCACGUCAAUCGUGCUCAUGCUUUUUGCCUGCCUAUAUCUUUUAUCGUCUUCUCGAGCCAACGAGUGCUGGUACUCAUUUGGGACUGCAUUGCAGGUCGUGACAGCCCUUGGGCUUCAUCGAAAAUGGCCCGCGAAGUCAUCAAAAAACAGAUGCUCGUAUCUCGAGCUAGAGCUACGAAAACGUAUUUUCUGGAGUGUUUAUACGUUGGAUAAAUACCUAAGUAUUAUGUUCGGACGGCCUCGACUACUACAUGAUGAAGAUAUUGAUCAGGAACUACCCGAUGAGAUGAAUGAUGAAGACCUUUUAGAAGAGGACAAAUCACGGCGAACCGGAUCCACAGAUGGCAUGAUGAUUGCAUCUGUUCUUCAUUACCGGUUCGAGGCCCUUCCCUGUUUCAUUUGUACAAAGUACUAUCGACUGAACUUUAAUUAG